AUGAUGGGCGUUCCAUUCGUCGAAUUGAGGCCCGUCUACCGUCACAGAGUGCACACUACCUUACAGUGUAUCAAUCGGAAAUUUCCUUUCCUUGAGGCUUCUCAGCCGUUGAAGAUCGUCCCGGCUCGGGUCGAACUAUCCGCCGGUGCGGUUCGCACACCCUCGUGGAACUGUCGCGUUUUGCAACGUCCAUCCAACGGUUCCGUGAGGGCACACGGCCCCGUUUUUGACGACGAUGCCGAAAACCGUCAGAGGGAAAAGAGGCUCCACAACGGUGCUUUGCCGUCGUACCUGCCCUUCGCCGCGCAUCAAAACAUCGACGUCAUUUCUUCAGGACCCAUUCGAGAUGCAAGAGGGUUCAUCCUGCCACAACCGCCUGUACCCCAGACAAUGCAACCACAAACCCUCUGCGCAAUGUGUACGGCUCGCAGACACGUAUGCACGCGACAGCAGACAACAAUGCACGUCUGUUCCCACGACCGCUCGACCGACGAUAUUGGCACUGUCUCGAGAAAGACCCUGAAAAGGAACAACUUCCAGGUUUGGGCCCUCCACUUGGUGAACGCUGUGGCCCACCUAAGUCUCGAGAACCAAAGCUGCUCACGGCACGACGGACGGGCCUCGUUUUCCACUAAUCCAUCUUCGUGCUUGAAAUCGAUCCCCCCGCGCCUGGGUUGCUCACGAGUCGCGCCCGGUCAAGACCCCAAGAUCCCAAGACCCUUGAACAUCGUGGAGGAGGGGAAGCAAACUGAAUCACCGUUGACGGUUGAAUAUCGCUUAUUAGUCAACUUGUUGUGCAAUAAGCAUAGUAGUAGAGAGCUCCAACCUUCGGCCAAAAUACUCAAAUUCAAGGCAGAAAUAAUUGAAUAUCAUUCAUUAUGUCAAUUGAGUUAUGCUGCAUGCGGUGCUAUCAUCGCAGCCAUGCCAAGGGUAAACAAACGCCCGUCACUUUCCACUUCCUAUCAACACCCUACCGUAUACAAGAUCAAUGAAGCAUACGGAAAUACCCCCAAAGAAAUCAAACUGAUCUUCUCACCGCAAUUUGAAAGCAUCUUCAGCAAGGUAUCACAUGUGGGUCGUGAAGCCGGGGUGAGCAGCAAAGUGGGGACAUAUCACACGACGAGAAUCAACCAAAAAACAUACAACUCCAGGUAUGCGCUGGUCGUCACCGACCCAACUACUAAUCCGGCCCUCAUUGGCUUGUCUAUGGGAGAGCGGACGGGAUCCCGAAUUUUCCAAUGGAAGGAAGUUUGUGUGGUUGUGAAGAGUGGAAUCCCCGAACCUUCACUAGACUCCACCAAAGAGCAUGAGAGGGACAAUAGAGAAUACGUUCCUUGCAGAAUUGUUCUUCUACAGACUUCUUGGGCUACUUAG